AUGAAGGAGGAGAGUUUGUACCAGCGUCGGUUGUCCCUGUGCCCAAAUGUCAGCUCCCCGCCCAAAAUCGACCCCCGCACCCUCACCCGAAACCUUUCUUAUGGAGGAGACAACGACCUGUACAAUCUCAGCUCAGGCAGCGAGACGGACAGGCACGACGGCUCCGCGAUGACGAACGAGCUCAGUCCCGCCCAAUCGCCCGGCAGCAAGUCGGAGUGUAGGAUGUUUAAUGGCCUGGAGAAGGACUGCGCUUCCCCGACGGAAAAGCUUGCCCGGAAGGAGUCGCUUAAGGUACAAAAGCAGAACUACCGACAGGAGAAGAAGCGGGCGGCCAAAGAACUAUUCAGUGCGCUGAAGGACCCGAGCGUUGUCAUCAUGUCCAACUGGCUGAAGAUCCGCGGCUCUUUAAAAAGCUGGACCAAGCUGUGGUGCGCCCUCAAACCCGGCGUGCUCUUGAUCUACAAGAGCCCGAAAAGCGAGCACUGGGUCGGCACCGUCCUCUUGAGUGCCUGCAAGCUGAUCGAGAGACCCUCCAAGAAGGACGGCUUCUGCUUCAAGCUCUACCAUCCGCUGGACAAGUCCAUUUGGGCUGUCAAGGGCCCAAAAGGUGAAAACGUGGGCUCCAUCACGCAGCCUUUACCCAGCAAUUACUUGAUUUUCCGGGCGUCCUCCGAGUCGGACGGCCGGUGCUGGAUGGACGCGCUGGAGCUAGCGCUGAGUUGCUCCAGCCUCUACAAGCUAACGGCUAAGUCCGGAAGAGAAGCAGAUAUCAGCACGACGUCCGAGUCUUCCCACUUUCUUCAUCUUCUACAGUCUAGCACGUUGGCGGACGCAGAGCUUUUGCAGCUGAACGACUCCGGGCUGCUCGGUGAUCACCACAUGGACCAGGACGCCUUUUCCGACAAAUGGGAGCGCGACGCCCACGACGACUGGGACGCGUCCGCCGGAGGACGCUUGACCGAAGAGAGCGACGGCGACCAAUCGGACGAGGCGCUUUCUCCCGGCGCGGGGGCCACGCUUUACGUGGAGCAGGGUGCGGAAGAGAUGGGCGAGGCCGGCGAGGCGUCCCAAGUGGAAACGGUGUCCGAGGAGAACAAAGGACUCAUCUGGGGGAUUUUGAAGCAGCUGCGACCCGGCAUGGACCUCUCCAAAGUGGUGCUUCCCACGUUCAUCCUGGAGCCUCGCUCCUUCCUGGACAAGCUCUCCGACUACUACUAUCACGCCGAUCUGCUCUCGCAAGCCGCGCGGGAGGACGGCGCCUACGGCCGGAUGAAGCAGGUGGUCCGCUGGUACUUGUCGGGAUUUUACAAGAAGCCCAAGGGCCUAAAGAAGCCUUACAACCCAAUCUUGGGGGAAACUUUUCGCUGCUGCUGGCCUCAUCCCCAAAGUCAAGGCUGCACUUUCUACAUAGCUGAACAGGUAUCGCACCAUCCGCCCAUUUCUGCCUUUUAUGUCUGCAAUAGGAAAGACGGUUUUUCCAUCAGCGGAAGCAUCCUGGCAAAGUCCAAAUUCUACGGCAACUCCCUGUCCGCUAUUUUGGACGGCAAAGCCAGGCUACUCUUUCUGAGCAGGGACGAGGAGUACGUCAUCACCAUGCCCUACGCCCAUUGUAAAGGUAUUCUGUACGGCACCAUGACGCUGGAGCUGGGUGGAAAGGUGACCAUCGAGUGUGAGAAAACCAAAUGCUUCACCGAGCUGGAGUUUAAGCUAAAGCCUUUCUUGGGAGGGCCCUGCUCCGUCAAUCAAAUCAGCGGCAAGAUCUCGGUGGGCGACGAGCUCGCCGCCACCGUCGACGGACAUUGGGACAGCGAAGUUUUCAUCCAAGAGAAGCGCUCAGGACAGCAGUCCACCUUAUGGAACCCGAGCCCGGAGGUCCGUGGCGCUCGUCUCAAGAGGCGGGUGGUUCACUUUGACCAGCAGGGGGAGUUUGAGUCUGAAAGGCUGUGGCAGCACGUGACCCGCGCCAUCGUAGAGCGCGACCAAGUGCAGGCCACGCAGGAGAAGUUCGUGCUGGAGGAAGCCCAGCGCAAAGAGUCCAGGGAGAGGGGAGACAAACCCUGGACGCCGCGACUCUUCCACCAGGACCCCGUCAGCGGCGAGUGGACCUACAAACACGCCGAGACUCUUCCGUGGCGAGCGGAAAGUUGUCUGCUUCAGUUGGAGAGGGACGGCGUGAUCCAAACGCUGGAGAAAGGACCGAGGCGGCGCGACGGCCGGCCCGAGGCCAAAGUGAACGGGACGCGCAGGAAAGCUAGCAGUCAGCCGUCCAGCUGCAGCCAGAACACGGAGAGCAGCGGCAGCACCCCGGAGCCGGGGCACGAGUCCUCCGAUAAUGAAGAGUUCUUAAAGCACUGCGCACGCUGCAGCAGCAUGGCCCUUCUUCACACCUCCAUCACGUCCAUACACAAGACGCAGCAAGACAUUCAGAGGAACCUUUGGGCUCUCACCCGACAGCUCAAUCGUCAGCAGGCGGCGGACGACGGCGCGUCUUGGUUGGCGCGCCACUGCGCCGUCAUCUUUUUGGCGCUCCUCUCGCAUCUUCUCCUCCGCUUCUUCUACGCAUGA